AUGGGCUCUUCCACGUCCUCGUCGUCGGGGUGUGACCUGAGUGCAGCAGCCGAAGCGUCGAAGGCGCAACCCGCGAACAUCGCGAUCAUAGGAGGCGGCGCGGGAGGUCUCGCGGUACUCAAGGCCGUACUUGAUUCCCCACAGUACAAGUCUGGAUUGUGGAAGCCCACCCUCUUCGAGGCCCGAGAAGAGGUCGGCGGCAUAUGGCUUCCCGCCCCGCCCAAGGACAACCCGCCCCUGACCCCCCUCUAUGACUCCCUCACCACCAACCUUCCGCACCCCUGCAUGUGCUUCACCAGCCUGCAGUUCAAGCCGGAAACCCCUCUAUAUCCACCUGCCUCCGCCGUCCUCGACUAUCUCAAGACCUUCACCGCCCACUUCUCGCUCACCCCGCACAUCCGCUUCAACACAGCCGUCGCGCGCGCGGAGCGCGACGAGGCGAACGAGCGGUGGAAACUGACGCUCGAGAACGGCGAAAUCGCGCACGCUGACCUCCUCGUCAUUGCGAACGGGCACUACCGCCGCCCGCGCUACCCCGCCGUACCCGGCGUCGACGAGUGGCUCAAGUCCGGGCGUGCGCAACAUUCAGCGUGGUACCGCCGCCCGCACGACCUCGGCAAAAAGAUCCUCGUCGUCGGUGGUGGGCCAAGCGGGCGCGACAUCGCUGAGGACAUGCGCACCGUCGCCGAGCUGAUCGUGCACUCAGGCGAGGACGUGCCUGCGAGCAAGGAGCGCAUCGUCGGCCGCCCACGCGUCGUCGCGUUUGAGGCUGACGGCGUCGUGCGCUUCUCGGACGGGUCCGUUGAGCGCGAGAUCGACCACUGCGUGCUGGCGACCGGGUACGAGAUGUGGUUCCCGUUCCUGCCGGAGGAGAUCUUGCACGCUGGGGAUCCGCCAUCGCAUUCGCCGCUCCCGGGCAGUAUAUUCAACUCUACACACCAUGUCUUCCCCCUCGCGCGGCAUAUCUGGCCGUUGCAGGACCAAUAUCCGCCGCACACGCUCGCCUUCAUCGGCCUCCCGCUGAAGAUCGUGCCCUAUCCAGCCACCGAGGCGCAGGCGCGCGCCGUGCUCGCCGCCUUCGCCGACCCCUCGAUCCUCGACCUGAAGGCCGAGUCGGACGCCAUCCUCGAGCGUGUGCAGCGCCUCGGCGACAAGCCACAUCGCUAUCACGUCUUCGAGGGGCACGAGCAGUUCCGCUACCGCGACGCCCUCUUCCAGCUCGCGGCGAAGACUAGCGUGCCUGUCGCCGGCCCGGGCAGCAUCGCGGACGGCGGAGCGUACACGGUGACGGACUGGGAGAAGGAGCUGUACGACAACAAGGAUGUGCUAAGGACGCUGUGGGUUGAUAUCGAGCGGAGGGGCGCGGCGGAGGAGUGGCUGAAGGGCGUGGGGGAGAACGGGGUGGACGACUGGUUGGCGAUGACAAGGAAGAUGCUGACGGAGGCGGAGAAGCGGGGCUUGGUACAGGGCGAGGUAGACGGAGGGUCGGAGAAAUAGAUACUAGUGUACAUGUCCGUAGAGCAGGCAUUAGAGUUCGUUAUGGAUAGCUUCCGUCGCUUGCGAGAGGAUGGUGGUUGGUGACGAGGCUAUUGUUUGAACUAAGGACGUAGUCGGUGUCGAUGAAGUCAUACUCUCCGUGAGCGUCGAGCCUGCCUCAGUCAGGGUAUCCGAUACUUCUGCCACUAUACUUGACAAUGAUGCAGUGGCCUGUGCAGCUCCCUUCUCCAGUUGGUCCAGGAGCUCAACGUCGCCGCUGAAGUUCGGUAUUAAGCGAGUCCACCAAAAGGCAAUGCGCAUGCUGCGGUCGAAGACGCGUUCCUUGACAAUCAAGAGGACGACGAUGCAGAAGAAGAACAUGGCGGAGAGGAUGAGGAGGCGAUCGAGCCAGUCGGUGCGUUCCAGCGCGGCGAGUAGCUGUUUUGACGUGCCCAUCACGUUUGUGAG